AUGCUGCGCUGGAACUCUGCAGGCACUGAGGAGAGGCCGAAGGGAAUCCUGAUCCACUCAUACAGACCCCACGGCGUUAUGAAGGCGUCUUUGUGGGGGGGGGGUUGUGUGGUGGGGUGUGUGGGGGGGGGGGGGGGUGGGGGGGGUGGUUUGGGGGUUUUUUGGGUGUGUGUUGGUGUGGUUGGGGGGGGGUGUGGGGGGUUGUGUUGGGGGUGGUUGGGGGUUUGUUGUUGUGGUUGGGUGUGGGGGGGUGGGGUGGGGGGGGUGGGGGGUGGUGGGUGGUGUUGUGUUGGUGGGGGGGUUGGUGUUGUGUGGUGUGGGGGGGGUUGGGGUGGUGUUUUGGGGUGGUGGGGGGGUGGGUGGGGGGGGGGGGGGGGGGGGGGGGGUGGUGGGGGUGUGGUGGGGGGUGGGGGUUGGUGGGUUGGGUUUUUUUUUUGUGGUUUUUGUGGUUUGGGUUGUUUUGGGGGUGGUGUGUGUGUUUGUGGUGGGGUGUGUGGUGUUUUUUGGGUGGGGGUGGUGGUGGGUGUGUUGGGGUGUUGGGGGGGGGGGUGUGUGGGUGUGUGGGGGGGGGGUGGGGGGGGGGGGGGGGGGGGGGGGGGGGUGGGGGGGUGGGGGGUGGUUGGGGGGGGGGGGGGGGGGGGGGGUGUGGUGGGGGGGGGGGGGGGGGGGGGUGGGGGGGGGGGGGGGGGGGGGGGGUGUGGUUUGGUGGGUGGGGGGGGGGGGGUGGGGUGUGGGUUGGGGGGUGGGGGGGGUGUGGGGGGGGGUGGUGGGUGGGGGGGGGGGGGGGGGGGGGGGUUUGGGGGGGGGUUGUGGGGGGGUUUGUGUGGGGGGGUGUGUGGGGUGGUGUGGUUGUUGGGGGUUGGGGGGGGGUUGGUGUGUGUUGGGGUUGGGGGUGGGUUGGUGGGUUUUUGGUGGUUGGGGGGUGGUGGGGGGGUUGGGUUGUGUGUGUUGGGUGGGUGGUGGGGUUGGGUGGUUGGUGGGUUGGGGGUGGUGUUUGUUUGUGGGGGGGGGGGGGGUUGGGGUUGGGGGGUGGGGGUGGGGGGGGGGUGGGGGGGGGGUUUGGGGGGGGGGGGGGGGGGGGGGGGGGGGGGGUGGGGGGGGGUGUGGGGGGGGGUUGGGUGGGGGGGUGUGGGGGGGGGGGGUGUGGGGGGGGUGGGUUGGGGGGGGGGGGGGGGGGGGGGGGGGGGGGGGGGGGGGUUGGGUUUGGUGGGUUGGUUUUUUGGGGGGGUUGGUUGGGGGUUUUGGGUUUGUUGUGUGGGGUGUGGGGUGGGGGGGUGGGGGGGUGGGGGGGGGGGUGUUGGGGUUGUUGUUUGGGGGGGGGGGGGGGGGGGGGGGGGGUGGGUGGGUGGUGGUUUGUGGUUGGGGUUUGGGGUGGUGGGUGGGUGGUGGUGUUUGUGUUGGGGUGUUGGUGUGGGGGGGGGGGGGUGUGGGGUGGUGGUGGUUGUGGUGGGGGGGUGGGGGGGGGUGGGGGGGGGGUGUGUUGGGGGGGGGGGGGGGGGGUUGGGUUGGGGUGGGGGGGGGGGGGGGGGGGGGGGUUGGGGGGGUGGGGGGGGUGGGGGGGGGGUGGGGGGUGGGGUUGGGUGGUGGUGGGGGGGGUGGUGUGGUGGGUGGGGGGGGGGGGGGUGGUGUGGGGGUGGUGGGGGGGUUUGGGGUGUGGUUGGUGGGGGGUGGGGGGUGUUGGGUGGGGGGGGGGGUGGGGUGGUGGGGUGGUGGGGGGGGGGGGGGUUGGGGGGGUGGUGGGUGUGUUUGUGCAAGAUAGGGGGUUAUGGGUUUGGGUGGUGGUGA